UGUAAAUAGAUUUUUUUGAAUAAGCUGACCUUUGAAAGAAUAAAAGUUGAUGAUAAGGUUUGUGUGAGUCUCGCUCUAGACAAAGGUACAGACUGAAUUCUGGGUCAUUGUAAAGAACUUCAUUCAAAUUAUGAGGCAUCUUCUGCUUAUUAUAUUCAUUCUCGAGCUUGUUAUAACAAAAAUCAAUUCAAUAACAUUAAAAUGUGAUAUAACAUGCGAUACUGAAUAUCAAGUACUUGGAACAAUAUGUCGCUGUAAAGUUGUGGGAUUCAAUUCAAUCAAUCGUGAGACAAUAACUGAUGUUCGUCAUGAAGGAAGUUUUAAUGGAAAUUAUUCAGACAUCAAGCUAAUUUUGAUUGAUGGACAAAAUAUGAAAUUUAUUCCAUCAAACAUUUAUGAUUUCUUUUCAAAUAUUCAAGGACUUAUUAUCGAUGAGUCGAGCCUUUCAUCAAUUGAUCGAAAUGACUUAAAAUAUUUCAAGUCCUUGAAGUUUCUGUUUAUCGGAAACAAUCAAAUAAAUUCACUGGAUGAUGAUUUGUUUGCUGAUAAUAUAGACAUCGUAUGGCUCACGUACAUCAACAACUUUACAAAGAAAAUCAGCCAGAAUAUUUUAUAUCCAUUAAAUAAUUUAAAUUUUGCAAAUUUUCAACGCAACAGCUGCAUCAAUUUCAAAGCAAUUGGAAAAUCUGAUAUUGAAAAAUUAAAAAAAUUUAUCAUGCGAGAUUGUGCUUAAUAUAUGCAGCAACAUGUGCUAUGACAUAAAAUUCUAUAGUUAAACAUAUCAGAAA